AUGCGGCUUAGGGUUUCGAGGAGGAUGUUGCUUGGUUCGUUUAAGAGGUUUCAGAUCGACGAUUACCUCGUGUUACUCGCUAUGGCAACGCAAACUGUCUUUAUAUAUUUUCUCAGGGUCAUCGAUAACACGCCCAAUAACCUGAUCAACCCAAGUGUCCCAGAAGAUAAUGUGGUAUUCACACCUAAGAAUAUUCAGGAACGGAUUCGUGGAUCCAAGGCAAUAUUUGUGGCUGAACAGAUGCAAUGCUGUACGAUUUGGAUUAUCAAAGCGUGCAUCUUAUUGAUGCUCUCCCGUAUAACGAUCAACACGGAGCACAAAUUUUUUGUCAAGAUCGCGGCUGUAUACACUACCGUGUGCUUCAUCGUUAUGGAGAUCUUAUGCUUUGCCGCAUGGUGUCGACCAUUCGACCAGUACUGGGCGAUUCCUCCAGCAAAUACCCAAUGCGCUACGUAUUUGAACCAUCUCAUUACAAAUCUUGUUGUCAAUCUCUCAUCAGAUCUGCUCAUAUUCUUUAUCCCUUUUCCUCUAUUCUUCCACUCCUCACUCGACCUCAAACAGAAACUUGUUCUGUCCUGCAUCUUUGCUGUGGGGAUCUUCACGAUGGUUUGUGCUAUUCUUAGUAAAUCAUACUCGUUCAGCGACCCCUAUAGCAACAACUGGACGUACUGGUAUGUUCGCGAAUCAUCAACGGCUAUCAUCUGCGCGAAUCUUCCCCCUAUUUGGCCCUUGAUCCGAAAGGUCUUUGCCAUCAAAUCUCCCAAUUCAACCAAAGCAAACUAUUAUGCUCGCUCGGCUCGACCCACCAACACAUAA